UGGGUGAAGGAAGGUUCCAGAAAGCCAGUGGAGGGGAGGGCCACCAUGAAACAAAGACUCGCGCUUGCAGCCUUGUUCUUGGCGCUUCUGUUCGCAGUGUUCCUGGCGGUAGGCGAAGGGAAAGAACUGGUGUUGGGGAAAGCGGGGCAGUCGGUGGAACUGCCCUGCCAGUCUUCUCUGAGGAAGAAUAUGCAAUUCAUCUGGAAGCACAAAAACCAGUCCAAGAUUCUAACAGCAGCUAGGUUUGGCCUAGUGAGUCGAGGUCACCGGGAUUGGCACCGUCGCUUUGACUCAAAGAAAAACCUGUGGGACCAAGGAUCUUUCCCGCUCAUCAUCAGCGAACUGGAGAUGAGGGAUUCGGACAGCUACAUCUGUGAGGUGGAAAGGGUGGCCACCGAGGUUGAGCUGCAAGUGUACAGAUUGACUCCCAGCCCGGAGUCUCCCGUGAUGCAUGGCGAGACCGUCACCUUGACUCUGGAGACACCCCCAAACACGAACCCCUCCGGCCAGUGCAGGAGUCCCCGGAACCAAGUGAUGCGCUUGGACAAGGUGCUCACGCUGCCCACGCUGGACGUCUCGCAGAGCGGCCGGUGGACCUGCACCGUCUCCCAGAAGAACAAGGAGUUGCAGUUUGACCUGGACAUCCGGGUACUGGGUUUUCUCCAGAUGGUGGACACGGUGUACAAGGCCGAGGGGGAGCCGGUGCAGCUCUCUUUCCCGUUUAACAUGAAUGACGAGAGCCUGAACGGCGAGCUGAGGUGGCGGGCCGAGGGGACAUCUGGGUCGCAGCCCUGGCUCACCUUCUCCUUGAGAAGCGGGAAGCUGCUGAACAUCACAGUCCCCCAGGACCCCAAGCUGCAGGUGCCAGAGAGCCUCCCUAUCCGGGUCAAACUAGCCAAAGCCCAGCCGAAGUACGCCGGCUCUGGCAACCUGACUGUCAAGCUUGCUAGAAGAACGCUGAGUCAGCCCUUGAAUCUGGUGGUGAUGACAAUGGCCCUGCAGGGGCGCCAUCUUGUCUGCAGGGUUCUGGGACCCGUGUCCCCAAAGCUCCACCUGAGCCUGCAUCCGGGUAACCAGACGGCCAGGGUGUCAAAGCAGGAGAAGGAGGUGCGCGUGGAGGACCCAGAAGCAGGACUGUGGCAGUGUCUCCUGAGGGACGCGGCCAAGGCCCUGCUGCUGGCCCAGCUUGAGGUCCAGUCUACACUGUGGAGCCCAGGCCAGCCCACGUUCCUGGCCGUGGUGGCCGGGGGCGCCCUAGGCCUUGUGGUCUGCCUGGCCUUGUUCAUUUCCUGCUGUGUGAAAUGGCGCCGUGGUCGGGUGAGCAAGCCCCGCCCCUCAGCCCUGCCCCGCCCCUCCUCCUUGCCACCUGAAGCAAGAGGGGUCCAACCUAGCAAAGCUGCCUUUCUUUGUUCGGUGGGCAGGGUGUCAGAUUCGAGAAGAUUCCCUGCCUGGUUUGCCAAAGCCGAGGGCUCAAAAGACCUGCAGAGCCCCGGCCUGGGUUCUAGAACUUUCCACCAGGGUCUCAUCCUGGAGGAAGCAGCCAGCUCGCCUCUCCCCAGCGACUCCACAGAGACACUCAAGCCAGGCCCAAGGUGGAGGCUGAGGCCGGCCUCUGACUGA